CUGAGACGGCCCCCACCACACCUGUGCGGCGGGUAGAAUCUCCCCGUGCCCACCAGAGAGUCCAUUGUAUACACCAUCUUUACACACAACCCUCACCAUAUAGACACAGCCCGCAGCGUGCCAUGGCUUCUGCAAAGUUAGCAAAACAGCAGCUGCGCUCCAUUGUCAAGGCCAGACUCGCAGAACUACCUCAAGAGGCAAUAACAUCCCAAAGUCGCCGCAUAUUUGAUACCCUCCAAGACUAUAGACUCUACAGAGAUGCAAACAGAAUAAGCAUAUACCUUUCCAUGCCUGCUGCAGAGGUGCAGACUGAUGCGCUUGUUCGCCAUGCUCUGCAGGCUGGCAAGCAGGUCUUUGUCCCAUACCUGCACAAGUCCACUCUCACAACACCGGACACACCAACCCGCGUCAUGGAGAUGGUUCGCUUGAACAGCAUCCAAGACUACGAGUCUUUGCUCCCCGACAAAUGGGGCAUCCCUAGUAUUGAUGCCGCCACAGUAGCAGAACGGGAGUGCAUCUUGGGAAACGACACCGCUACCCUAGAUCUCAUGUUGGUGCCUGGUGUCGCCUUUGAUUUAGACCAGCAGGGCUCUGUAAGGAGACUAGGACAUGGAAAGGGGUUCUAUGAUUUCUUCUUGAACCGGUACUUUGAAAGACAGGGCACAAAAGAAGGAGGGUUGAAGACAAUUGGGCUUGGGCUACAGCAACAAUUGCUAGAUCCAUUGGCUGGUGAGAGCGUGCCCAUGGGACAAUAUGAUCGUGUGCUUCACGGUGUAAUUCUGGGAGACGGAAGCAUAAAAGAGUCGAAGUGAGGUUUCACAACAUUAUUUUGCGUGUAUAAGUAGCGUCUAAUAUUUAACAAAACAUAGAGAUUAAUCUGAAAGAGUCGUGUUUGAUACAACGGUCUUGGUGUUUUGGCGUACUAUCUACGUAGAGACUCUGAAACUUUGGUCGUGUGCCACAGAAUAAGAAAUCUCAUCAUGUGUCGGCAUAUUAUAAUCGCAUAUGCCUCUUCAUAUUAAAG